UGAGUCGUCACUCUUCAGCUCAGUCAGCAGGCUAUCAAUACAGAAAGGUUCCAGACUUCCAGUCAAUAUAGAUAGUCCACCAGCACAUGAGCGUAUCCUCAACUACUGGCAACAGAAAGCUGCACUCGCUGCCGGCGCCUCCGCUGCUGCAGCUGCUCCUUCCCCACUCACCGUGGAACCACCAUCACCUGGGGAGAUUGUACUGGGUGACAGUCCAGUUCAACACUUGGCUUCACCUGCUACCUGGGCACCGCGGCGUGCGGUGCUAACAACUGCUAGCAACAACAUCAAGCAGAAGCAGGGGAAGAGGAGAUUCACAAUCAAAAAUUAUUUCCUGAGGAUGUCCAUAGUGGGAUUGUGAGUGACUGUAUUAUAAAAACUGAGAGUUAACGGGAAUAGAAAUCGAAACAAAAUUAUCAUAUCUUGAAAAUGUGUGAUACAAGUGCAAGUAUUGAUACAUCCAACGAGUUAUUGCCACAAAGUUUCAAUGUGAAAUACUUAGGACACCGUGAAUCUAAAGGGUUGUGGGGUAUAAAAAAUACAAGGAGACCAGUGGAUGCUAUGAUUUUACAUGCAAAGCAGUCAACAUCAAGUUUACCUUCGAUGAGGAUAGGUGUAACCAGAGACGGUUGUACCUUCUCUUACAACAAUAAAACAACUGUCCAUCCCAUUGACACAAUAUCGUAUGGCGUACAGGAUUUGGUUUACACUCGAGUUUUUUCGAUGAUUAUUGUUCGAGAUAUUUCUGAUGUGAGGAUUCAACAGCAUCCGUUCGAAUGCCAUGCGUUCAUGUGUGAAAGCAAACAGGCGGCUCGCCAACUCACUUACUGCUUGGCAGCUGCCUUUCAUGACUACAGUAAAAGAGUCAAAGCAACCAAUAACACUCAACAGAAGUUUGCUAUAGAUCUUCGCUCCCCUGAGGAAAUACAGGCAAACUUGAAGGUAGAUUCCGAAGCAUGAUCAACUAUUAAACAAACCAUUUGAAAAUCUUAAAAAAUGGUGUGUGACUCUAUUUUAGUGAACAAUCUUACUAUAGAGUGAGGCUUUACCAGUAUACAUUUUACGCUUACCAGAAAACUGAGCACUCAAAUUCAAAAUGAGAUUC